AUGGGUUAUGUCAAUGGUGUCAGCAAUUCACCUUCAACCACUAUUGAUAAAGAUGGUGAACAGGUCUCUAAACUUGAUUAUGAAUUUUGGGAUUGUCAAGAUCAGUUAAUUUUGGCAGCCAUAAUUGCUUUUAUAUCCUUUACUAUAAUGAAUACCAUCGCAGAUGCUAAAACCUUAGUGGAGGCAUGGACCAAGUUACAAAUGGCAUUUACAAAUAAAUCAGCUACGUGGAUUUUAUCCUUGCACGACAAACUCUCUAGAGAAAAGAGAGAUUCACGUCCAGUUGCUGAAUAUCUUCAUCUUAUCAAAUCAAUUGUCGAGGAACUUUCCUUGUGCGGAAGUCCGAUUACUGAUGUAGAUCUUAUGGUUCAAGUUCUUAGUGGUGUUGGGUCUAAAUUUCAAGAUAUUACUGCAGCUAUUCAUGCUAGAGACAACAUCAUAUCAUUUGAUGAACUCCAAGACAAGUUAUUGGCUUAUGAAUUGUAUUUGAAGCAAAUAGAUCCUGCAUUUGACACCACUCCUAUCUCAGUAAAUCAUGUAUGCAAGGGUACAAAUACUAGAUCUUCGUAUAGCAAAAAUAAGGUUAUUCGGGAAAGAACCAAUAUUUUCAAUAUGAAAAUGCUAAUGUUGAUUUUCCAGUGA